AUGCAGGGAGCCAUGGCGGAGCCAUCACCCAAUCAGGCUCCUGAAGGACCAGAUGACAUGUGGACUGAGAGGCUUGCCAGGGAGUGGAAGGAUAUGGAAAGGCGAGUGCAAACGCUGGCAGAAUUGUCUCGUGGAACAAAAUACGAGGAGAACCUACAGCCUGGCAAUGUGAUCCAGAAUCUAGAAAGAGUGCAGGCGAAAUCCAAGCAGAAAGCGAACUCGACCUGGGGCAAGAUCAGAGAGAGCCUGAACGACACUCUCACUGUCAUCGGCAAGGUUGGAGGGAUGGCAGCUGAUGCCGCGUCACAGGUCUUUGGUCCUGCUGGGCAAUGCUACAACGCCAUCAACUUUGUCAUCUCUGCGUGGAAGGGCUACAUAGAGGCCUUCGAAGUACUGAAUGGGCUCCUUGAGGAUUGUGCCGAGUUCCUCAAUCGUCUACCCUCGUACUCGCAAGGAGGCAUGGAUGCCAAUUUAUGCAGAGUGACUAGUAAAACGCUCGGGAUCUUUGUAGAUAUCUGCGGUCGGGCCUUGAAGCUUAAAACCUCUCGCAGUUCGAAGAUCGUGAUGUUCGCGAAGAUCGCCUUUCUUGACAAGGGUGAUUUCUCCGAUCUCAGGGCCGAUAUGGACAAAAACACCCAACGAGAAAUGCUGAGUGGCAUCGCCGGGGCAUAUAAACAUUCUCGAAUCGCGGCGGAGGGAAUCACGGCAACAACGGCCUUCUUCGCUGAUAGCAAAGCGGAAAGACUAGAGAAGGAACAAGAGCAACGCGACAGUCAAGCGCUCAUGAAUGCCCUGUCCUUCGAGAAGACCCCAGGGACCUGGAAUUUCGUGACACAGGAACCGAUCGAAACCUGGAAAACAAUCAACAACAAGAUCCAUAAUCGUCGUGUGGCAGGGACUGGCGACUGGCUGCUCAAGGAUGACCUGUUCAAAGCCUGGGUCAAAUCUGGAAAAGAGCCCCUUCUCGCGUUCGUGGGUGAAGAAGGCGCGGGAAAGAGCCAUUUGAUCUCCGCCGCCAUCAGCCAUCUCCGAACUCGCGGUGCCUUGCCAGUUUCCAGCAAGGACGGGAAAUCCAGACGUCUGGUUGCCUUCCACUAUAUCGACAACGCAAAACCUAACGCCAGGUUCUACGAUCUGGGAAAGUCGAUUAUCUGGCAGUUUACCGCAAGCGAUGCCUCCUAUAAACAAUCUGUCGCUGCUACCUGUCGCAAUUCUUACAUCGAGCCAAAGGAUGUAUUGCACCAGCUACUACUGGACAAUGACGAGGACUUGGAGAAGAUCGAUGCGGUAUUUUUUAUCGUGAUCCACAACCUUGGUGAUAAGCGCUCCAUUGUCGACGAGACGUUUAUGAAAUUCCUAGGCGAGUUGCGUUCCAAGAGCUCGGCAGUCCGUGUCCUAUUUAGCACCACGGAGAGCACCAUGGAGAAGCUCAAGAUGUACGGUAUUUCUUGUCCCACAAUCGUUAUCAGCGAAAAGAAUGAGUCCGACAGACGAAAGUACAUCGCCCAUCGCAUGGACCGGAUGCGCGUGCUCUCCAAUACUAGAGAACAGAAAGUUACUGAUGUCCGAAAAAUGAUUCAAGACAGUCUUUGCGAGAAGAUCAAGGAUAGCUACCACCGGAUCAAUAUGGAUCUCGACAGGCUCGACCCUCUAGAAACCGAGGAAGAAAUCCGCGAGAGCCUGCAUGGUGCGGGCAGAACCUUGGCACAGCAUGUUCAGGAUGAGAUCAAAAACCUAAAUAUGACCCGGACAUCCAAAGAAUUGGCCGAGAUCAACGAGAUCAUCCUUUGGCUUGACUUCGCCAAGGAGCGAAUGUCACCAGAGAUCAUGACAGCUGUGCUGCAUGUCAAGAACAAGGGUGCUUCCCUGCGUCCGCUCCAGGAUCGGCUUAAGGACAAGUUCCGUCUGUUCGAAAUCAACGAUGAUGGAUUCGUCGACUUUCGAGCUACAGAUAUGUCGGUCAGGAUCCAGGAGCGCCGCGAUGUUGCCCAGGGUCAGCAAAAGAGUAUUCAGGCCGUGAGCAAGAACGAGGUUGAUAUUGUCAAUCACUUUCUCAGAACCGUGUGUCCAUCGGAUUUGCUUGAUAAACUCGAAUUGACCAAGCAUUUCGAGAAGAAACUGGAAACCGGACAAGAACAGAUCUGUCGGGAAGACAGACUCACAGGCAAUUUCUUGAUUGCUAAGGCAUGUGUUGCUGUGUUGGCCCAUGAUGAUCCCAGGCUGUCAGUAUUGCGAGAAUAUGCAGCUGCUCAUCUGGUGCAUCAUAUGCUCGAAACGAGACGAGAAUUGAUCUCCCCGGACUCGCUUGCUACAUUUGGAUUCAAUCUGGCAAAAAUAUUUCAUGAUCCAAAGGUCAUUGACAAUCUUUUAUGGGUUAGCACGCCCUAUCCAGCCCUGCCACCAUUGCUUUGCAACGACAAAUUUUUAGAGGAGAUUUAUAGCUGGACGAAGGAGCCCACCGUUGCUUCGAAGAUUGACGCAGAGAGACCAACUCAUUGGUGGAAGGUCGAUGACAGCAACGAUCCCAAAACACUAAUUGAGCCUUCCAUUCGCCAGAUGGCGGUGCAAUGUUUCCUGCGGGAAUCACGAGCAGAAGUUUCGGUCACUGCAUUCAACACUAUCCAGGUCUUCUGUCAACAAAUGGGAAAGUGUCCCGAUGCCGUUGCAGAGUUGAGGCAAGCAUCUUCAAGUGAAGUCGAAAAGUGGUGUCAGGUUGCACUUGGAAAACCACUGGAUACGUUAUGGCAUACCCAGAUGGCCAUGAUACUCAGAAACCACGGUGCAAUUUCCGAUGCGAGAGAAAGAUGCCACCAGGCCCUCAAACUUUCUCCGAACAACUGGCGAGCCUCACUUCUCCUGGCCAAACUGGUCGAAUCUCGAAAGGAAGCAAUCCGUGUUUUGGAAAAGCUCACUAAGCGCUUUGAAGAAAACGAGAAGCUUCGAGAGAAGUAUGUGGAGGCCUUCGCCGAUAUUGCCUACAACCUCGGACAUCGAUACUGGGAUCAGAACAUGUUUGACGAGGCAAUCGAAUCGUAUACCAAAUCGAUUGAACGAGAUCCUUCCGCCUACGAGCACACAUUCUUGAUCAUAUCGAGAUACAGCGAGACAGAAAAAUGGGAUAAAAUCUGGGAGCUCCUCGAUAAAAUGUCUGAACUUGACGAUGCUCACCUCACACUCAUGGUCUUAGCGAUGUCGAAGAAUCGGGAAUUCCAUACAUUCCACACAAUCCUUCUGCGGGCCAUGCUCGAGACCGAUAAACUCGAAAUCUCGAUCCUUGAGAUGAGAUAUGGGAAUGCGAUACGCAUUGCCAAGGAUCAGGAGGACUACACGGCUUCGUUUUACCUUCAACACUUCUACGCAAACGCGCUUUCUGCACUUUGGCCCGCCCCCAUGACAAAAGUGAGGGACGUGUUAGAAGAUGCCGUGAAGGACCUUACACAUACCAAUUUGGAUCUCCCUCGCGCUUUUUUCCUGGUAGGAUAUAGGCUGGGAGCAAUUUACCUCCGCGAGGCCAAGAAGGCAAGGGCAGACAAAGGGCCAGACGCUGCAGAAAAGGCGCUAAAGAAGCUUGGGGACAUUGUACCCGAGGCACUCAUGGAAAGCCAAAUGCGUCUCCCUCUGAGCCUCUUUGCUGCCAGGUACCACAAAAUCAACCAAGAUGACGAGUCCGCACGAGCUUCGGCUCACAAUACGUUGAGAGUAGCCAUUGAGCUUCUGUCUGACAAAGAUUCCAGCAACGACCUAUUGGCCUACCAAAAGAUCCUCUAUGCCGCCAUUCCAUUCCAGGAUGAAAGGAAUGUUAAUGCCGCCCUGGCGAUGAUGAAACUGGAGACUCCCUUUAUGAUGACCUGCUCCUGCGGUUGCGGGCACACAUGGGACACCCCUGAGAAUAUGUGGUUCUGCAUGGACUGCAUCCGAGUCGUCUUGAGAUCUUGUUGCAAGGACAGAAUCAAGGACAAGAAAUUGCCCAAUUCCGUUUGCCACGAGUCACACAUACACUUCGAAGUUGGGCCGUGGAAUGCGGAGAAGAUGAGUCAGGUAAAGGAAGGUCACGUACCGUACAAAGGUACAGUCAUCACCAUGGAGGAGUGGAGGAAGAAAAUCAUUGCUAAGUAUGAAUUGGGCAAAUCAAUAAUGGACAAGUAUGAAGCUGGCAAAUCCGGGGUGCGAAAUGCUCUUCGCCACUAA